CUCGCCUCCUCCGUGUUUAUACAAUGAGGAAGGUGAGCAGCGGCAUGUCAGGUCGUCGUGGCUGAAGGAGUCACUCGUCCGGCGGUCCGCUGGAUAACGACAGCGCACGCGGCGGUGGGAGCGAGCGAGCGAGAUGGAGAACGCGGAUGUCAGUGGCCCCCGGUCCCGCUGCCCGGCCAGCCCCAAGCAGCCCACCGUCCCCGACCUGGACAGCUCUUUUGGGGACCGUAGUCCAGGAGAACACCAGCGAGGCACCAGAGAGAACCACCUCACCAGCAAUGGAAAAAUUGAAGUGGAACAUGUGAUCAGCAAAAAGCUACAGUUAAAAAGGAAAGCAGAGUUCCUGAAGAGUGACCUGAUGCGUCAGUUUGACAGUCAGGUCGAUGACUUCAUGGACAGUCUCAUUGAAGAGUCAGCCAGCCUGGAGCCUGCGCCUGUUCCUGCGGUCUUCUCACCCCUACCGUCAGACAAGGAGAGGAGCAAACUCGGGCAUUUCCGGGCUCCUCAUGGCGAGGGAAAGCAGUUUGUCAGUCGCAGGUCCCUCCUAGACGAGCUGUUUGAAGUGAACCACAUCCGGACCAUCUACCACAUGUUUAUUGCCCUCCUCAUUCUCUUUAUCCUCAGUACACUUGUGGUAGAUUUCAUUGAUGAAGGCAGACUGGUGUUGGAAUUUGACCUGCUGGUCUACGCAUUUGGACAGUUCCCUCUGGUGGUCUGCACGUGGAUCUGCAUGUUCCUGUCUGUGUUGCUGGUUCCCUACACCCUGUUCCACCUGUGGUCCCAGUCCCAGUCUGGGUCUUACCCCAGGUUGUACACUUUGACGUUUGGUUCUGUAUUCCUGCUCUACCAAGCUCUGGGCCUGGGAUUCCUUCCCACAUUUGUGGUGGUUACCAACAGUAUGCCUCCUGCAUCCUGCUUCAUCAUCAUCCUGGAACAGGUGCGUCUAAUGAUGAAAGUACACUCCUUUGUCAGGGAAAAUGUACCAAGGGUUCUGGCCUGGGCCAAAGACAAGACUACUCCCAGUCCAGUGGUCCCUCAGGUUUCUCAGUACACCUACUUCCUGUUUGCACCCACACUCAUCUACAGAGACAAAUACCCCAGGAACCCAGUGAUCAGAUGGGGCUACGUGGCCUCAAAGUUACUUCAGGUACUAGGCUGUCUGUUUUAUGCCUAUUACGUGUUUGUGCGGCUAUGCAUCCCUCAAUUUAGAAGCAUCAGUCUAAAGCUGUUUGAUCUGAGGGCCAUGGUCCUCUGUGUCUUUAACUCCAUCCUACCUGGAGUGUUGGUUCUGUUCCUUGGAUUCUUCGCCUUCCUCCACUGUUGGCUCAAUGCAUUUGCGGAGAUGCUUUGUUUUGCUGAUAGGAUGUUUUACAAGGAUUGGUGGAAUUCAACCUCUUUUGCCAAUUACUAUCGCACUUGGAAUGUAGUGGUCCAUGACUGGCUGUACUACUAUGUGUACCGGGAUAUCCUGUGGAUAUCUCAGAAGCGAUUCAGAGCAGCAGCCAUGCUGUUUGUGUUUACAGUGUCUGCGGUGGUCCACGAAUACAUUCUCGCAAUCUGCUUUGGCUUUUUCUAUCCUGUGCUCUUCUGCCUUUUCAUGUGCUUUGGAAUGAUGUUCAACUUCAUUCUGCACGACCAACGGAAAGGUCCCAUCUGGAACGUAAUCAUGUGGACGUCCCUCUUCCUGGGUCAGGGUGUCAUUAUCUGUCUGUACUCCCAUGAGUGGUAUGCUCAGCUCUACUGCCCCCUAGAAGAGCCUUCAUUCCUAGAGUUACUGAAGCCUCGCUCCUGGAGCUGUCAGAGAGGCUUGAUGGUGGACGGUGACGUGCUGUGACCUGUGUUUGGACCAAUGCCAAGGACUGUGGCUGAUCAGUACAAAUUUGACCAGCCUUUUUGUUACUUUCAUAACUUUUGAUCUUUAAUAUAUUUUAAUUUUAUUGCACUAAGGUCAUCACUGAGUCAAUGUAACUGCCAAAAUAGUCUUUACUCUAACAGCUAAGUCACACUGAUGCCUUACUUAUCUGUUUUAUGUUUCCAAAGGCGAUGCCACAACAAAAUUACAAGUUCCGAUAAAACCACUUGUGAACUCUUAUUUUUAUGUACUAUUUAUUUUUCAGAUGUUUUCCUAUUAUUUUUGCCUUGAUCAACUGUGAACACACUCCCUGUGCCAAUACAAUAGAUGCAAUAAUGAUAUAGCAGCUGAUUAUAAAAAUUGCACAGUACAAACCGUAUUCACAUAUGCAGUAAUGAUUAAUAUUUAUCAAAGUUUGCAACUGGUAUUCCAGUCAUAAAAUACAUAUAUGAUACUGCUUGGAAAAACAUUUAUUAUUAUUUAUAUUCACUGCCCACAAGAUUUAUUUUGAAAAAGAGCCUCUGUUUGUUGUUUUGUAUAAAUCUAUAAGAAAUGCAGGUCUCUGUAUUAUAAUUUCUCUAAAGAGGGAAACGAAGGUGGCGUUUGAGAUGCUGACGAAGUUGGGAAAUAAUUUUGUAGUAAAUGUGGAACUAUGAUUCAGACAUGCGAGGAUACAGGCAUAGAGCUUUUACACCGGAUUUCUUAUAUUUUCCAUAUCCCAAAUUUUAUAGAAACUUAAAACCACAAUUUAGGAAGUUCAAAGUUGUCACUGAAUGUUAAACAAAACAGAUGACAGUUAUGCUGUGUGGAGUUUAUAUACUCUGGGACAGCUGAAUGUAAUGUAUUCCUUAUCACUGAAUGGAACUGGUUUGAACAUGCAUCCAGAGUCAAGUGAACCUAAAUGAAAUGAUAUUUUGUGAAUGACCAAUGUUGUGAAGUAUGUACAGUGAUUCCAACUGCAAAGGAGUCCUACGAAUGUAAAACUGUUGCAGCUGGCUGCGAGGAUAUUACAACACUGAUACAGUGAUGAUAUUAAGGACUACAGUUUGCUUUGUCAAUUGCUCAGUACAUUUAAUAAGACGAGUAUAUAUAUUCCAGAAGAGCAAUUUUCAUGUUAAACUAGUAGAAUAAGGAAUUGAUCUGCUCAGUGUGCAUUCAGUUCUUGUGGUCCUGGAAUAAUGUUAUAAUUGAAUAAUGUACAUUUGUAUUAUUUGAACGAAAAUAACUAAACAAUCAUUGCACAGUUAAUGCUGCCAAUUCUGACCUUUCAAUUUCAAUGUUUUUAUGUGAAUAAUGAGAUGCACAAUGCAAAGUAAAACUUAGAACCUCGGCGCUCUUAAGAAUUCAAUGGCCACAAGGUGGCACUGUAUUAAAAUGUUUUAUUUUGUUGGUCCCCUUUUAUUUUUUAAGAGACUUUCAUAGUCCUUUAUGAAAUGAAUAUUAACAAACAGCACAAAUACUAUCAACAUAUUUUGUAAUGUACUGGUAACAGUAUAAAUAUUGAAUUGCCUUAGUGUAAAUUUGUAGUUUGAGCUCUGGAAAACUCAAUAUCUAUCCUAAAUUUGGAUCUUGUGUUAUGCCUGGAAAAUGUUGUUAAUAUGAAUGUUAUUGAUUAUUAAUGUUUAAUUAGUUAAUCUAUUUAUUUUGUGAGCAGGGCGUUGUCAGCUAACUGAUAUUUGUGUUCAUUGUGAUCUUUUAUUUUUCUGGCCUGGAGUAGCCUAUUGUGUCAUGUGACAAUUUUAUGAAACAGUAUUUUCUAUUUUUGGAUGGCAGACAAAUGUCUUGAAGACACAUCAAAGUGUGAGUUCUAUAAAGCAUUUUAAGGAAUCAA